AAAUACAACUGUUAGUUACUUUGUUCAAAUAUGAACUACAUAAGGUGAUCAGAAUCUUUCAAAUGAAACUAUCGCUUGACUGUGUUACCUAUUCAGAGCCAGGUAGCACAACACAACAGGGAGCAACAGAGGAUCUCAGGGCUGAGAUAGAAAGUAUCAUAGUGUCCCUGCUACGCAAGAAGCAGGACCUCUAUCGUCAGCAUGAUAGCAACCAGACCAGACAAAGAAAGAGAAGAAAAAUAAGAGAAUUAAAAAACAAACUAAGACAAAAGAUUGUACUCUACGAUACUGUUGCAGAGGAUACGAUUGAUGGGGAAUUGGCUUCCAAUUUGACAGAGGACUACAUCCUGCCUUGGGAGAGAAGUGAGGAUGGCCACUCCUUCAGAUUAAAACGGUCUGUUUUUGACCAAACAAUGCUAAUUAGACGGCUUGAGGAAGAGCAGAGCAUCCUUGUGAAGGAGAUGUCUCAGCACAUCACGUCUCUACGAAAGGAGAUAAAGGCAGACAAGCCAUUGGAUGCCACUGAGUCUUCUGAGGCUGACCUCUUCAGAAACACAGAGCAGACUCCUCCGAGAUCAUCCAGCUUCAAGACACAGGACAAACCAUUGGAUGCCACUGAGUCUUCUGAGGCUGACCUCUUCAGAACAACAGAGCAGACUCCUCCGAGAUCAUCCAGCUUCAAGACACAGUGCUUACAUAAUCCAGAACCCUUACCUUCAAUGAACAAAGUUGGAAUGAAUCCUUCCCUGGUGGACUACACAGAUUCUGAUGAAUCUCAGAGUCCAAGCCCAAAUCAUGACCAGUUUAAUUCAAGCUGCCAGACAUGGUGUCCGACUUCUGAGUUUGAACUAAGCCUCACCCACCAGGACGGAGAUUCUGUUCCAAGGCUGAGGAGGACCAAAAGCAUACAGAUGAAAAGAAAUGUUGAGUUUGAUUCAAAUGAGCUUUUUGACAGCUCAGCCAGCAGUGGAGAGGAAUAUAUUCCUAAGAGUAGUGAGGAUUCAUCUGAAGAUACAGACACAAGCGAAGUCAUUGAACCAGUCAAUCAGAAAGAAAGCAUGCUUAGAUUUCCAAUCCAAGGGAAGUACGCUGACAUCCGAGAACUGAACGAUGUGUCUUCGACGCAAAUCCUUAGCAGAGGACGCUCACCUUCAAGAAGAGAGGGCAACUCUGGUAUGACACGUAAAAGGCGAUGUUCAAGCAGUUCAAGACGUACAUCCUACCCUACAACACAAGCAAGUAGUGGUCACUCAACAAAAUGGAGUGGAGGGGAGACCCUGAAUCUGUAA